AUGAGAAAGUCGCGUGACCGUUUAAUUUUAGUUAUCACCAUAUUUGCUAUAUCCAGAUCAGCUACUUCCGCGUCGUCGACUGCUUCAACGUUCUCAUCGACUCAAAAAUUAGACACAACAACAAAAAAUGAUGAGACGUAUACCUCUUCCCAAUCUACUGUUUCUUUUUCAACUGAUAUUCCAACAACAACUAGUGGUAUAGACACCACAGUUGAACCAACAAGUAUGAUAUCAUCUACUGAAUCUGGUACAACCACGGGCGAUUUAUCAACGACAACUGCAGCAUCUGAUACAUCAGUCGAUGAUCUAAGCACAACUACCACAGGUGAUAUUGACUUUACAACAUCAGAUGAUCUUGAGCCGUCCACAACUGAUUUAGAGACAACUUCAAGUGAACAAAUAACAACGGAAACUUCUACACAAUUUACAGAUCUAACCACAUCAGUCGCUGCCGAAACAACAACGACUUCUUUAAUUUCAUCUAGAGCAUCUACAGGUAUGUCAACAACAGUCGACCAGGAUACUACCAUAGGUGAAUCGACUACAAUUACAGACUCCCCCACAACAUCAACACAACCAGAUCUAACAACGUCGUCGCUAGGGAAAGAAACAACUAGUAUAGCUUCAGGUCAAUUAUGCCAAACAAGAGACGAGUUUGAGCAAGAUGACGUCAGAAAUUAUGUCAUUAUUGCAUUAAGCGUUGCUCUUGGUACUAUGAGCAUCUGUGUGAUGAUAUGGUGUGUUAUAUCAAGAUUGUUUGUGAAUGUGAAGAAAACUAUGAUAUCUGCAGGCACACAAACAGAUUUCUUUAUUUCAAAGGAAAUUUAUGUUCGUCCUUUGCCUCCAAUAGAUACACACAUGAAGAAGUCAAAUCCCUUUAUAAAUAUAGACAGGAAUACAUGUGAAGACAAAAAAUAUCCGAUGGAUGUUCGCGUUGAUAUAGAUCCCGAUAACCCCCCUUUCGAUAAUAAAUUGGAUAUUUUUUCCGAAUGUGAAUGUAGAAAAGUUAAAAAAGACGAAAAAAUUAAGGAAUGCAGAGAAUAUGAUGGGUUGCUUUCACAAUUAGUAGCAGAACCGACCGAGAGGUCAUGUAUGUCGAACGAGGAUAUAAAAUCCACUGACACAGAUCUUUUAUCAGAAGACAUGAACAUACUGGAUUCUGAAGAAUUCUUUAAUCUCAUUUUCGUUAGUGAGUAUCCAAUAAUGGAAAAUCCAGACUCAUUGGCUUCAAUUACUGGACUUCCCCGAUCAGUGUCUAAUUCUGAUUCAAUUUCUUCGUUUGAUAAAAUAAAAGAAAGAAGAGAUGUAGUACACGACAUUUCCGGAAUAGACAAUGAAAAGGAUGAAGGAUCUAAAUCUAAGACAAAUGUGAUUGGAGCAAGUAUGAAAAAUAAAAAGCCAUCGUUUCAAACUAACCAUUGUUUAAAUGAUGAAGAACCGUUUGAAGAGACAAUAAAUUUAGAUACUGACGAAACAAAGCAAACAAUGCGUCACGUGACAUUUGCAGAACCUAAAGAACAAAUUUUGAAUCACAGCUUAAACUGUCAAGAAGUCGAUCAAGAAGAUUGUGUAGUCACCUUGGUAAGUCCUAAAUACAGUAGAUUAGAAAACUCAGAGACAAACACUGUCGAAAUAACUGAUUCAUCAAGCCCAGGAAAAUUGAGUAUCAGUAGGAAAUGGAAAAAGGUUCACAAGAACAGAGAAAUAAAUACUGACGUCAUAAAAACUUUACCAUUGUCACAAAUUCAAAAGAAAUAUCUGGUUACAUAUGGCAUUAUAUCAAAUGAAUGUAGUACCAAUUCUGACAUUAAAAUGACGAAGUCGUUAAGAAAAAUAAUAGCAAGAAAAACACUAAAAAUAAAAGCAAACUCAAAAAAGAAAUGGUCUCUGCCAAAACCUGAACUCAAGUUUCAAAGUGAACCGUACAGUAGUUUGUAUUCUCGACUGUCACAUUUUGAAACUUGAUAUGUAUAGAUAGUCAAGGUAAAAACUUUGGUGAAACUUUCGUAAACAUAAUGCUGUUAUGUAUGUAAACUGAAAGUUAUUUAUAUAUGGCAUUAAUGUUAUUAAUUUGAAAAUGAGAAGAAGAUUUAAGGCCGUUUAAUUUUUGUUGUUAUUGCAAGUGUGCUAGGAUUUAAUAACGUAUACUAACAAAAUAUUAUUCCGUAAACAAAUUUACAUUAUUAAGUACAUGUAGAUUUUAAUACUAUUAAUCAAGUAUUUGGUGU